AUGAGGUCAUCCUCUCACUCGGAGUCAGCUGGUGGAGGAGAGAAAGAGGGAGGGAGGGAGAGGGGAGGAAUGUACAGGUCCGAGGACCGCCGCCGCGGCUGCUGCUGCUGCUGGCGGCGGCGGCGGCUCGGACAGCAGCAGCAACCAGGCAUCAUGGCCGCUAAGUCAGACGGGAGGCUGAAAAUGAAGAAGAGCAGCGACGUGGCGUUCACCCCGCUGCAGAAUUCGGACCACUCGGGCUCGGUUCAGGGAUUGGCUCCGGGUUUGCCGUCGGGGUCUGGAGCUGAGGACGAGGAGGCAGCCGGUGGUGGCUGCUGUACGGACGGUGGUGGUGGUGGCUGCUCCCGGUGUUGCUGCUGCGGCGGCGGCAGCGGUAGUUCGGGCGGCGGCUCGGGGGUCUCUGGCGGAGGCGGCGGCGGUGGUGGGGGGGGCUCCUCCUCGUUGUGCCUGCGUCUAGGCAGGGAGCAGCAACGCUACUCGCUGUGGGACUGCCUCUGGAUCCUAGCCGCUGUGGCUGUGUACUUCGCGGAUGUGGGUACAGACAUCUGGCUGGCAGUGGACUACUACCUGAGGGGCCAGAGGUGGUGGUUUGGACUCACUCUCUUCUUCGUGGUGCUGGGUUCCCUCUCUGUGCAGGUGUUCAGCUUCCGCUGGUUCGUGCACGAUUUCAGUACCGAGGACAGCUCCACGAGCACCUCAGCAGCGGCUGCAGCCACUGGUUCCUCUAGCUGCGCGCAGCCUGCAGCUGACUUCAAGACGGUGGUCAGCGGGGGGUCUGCAAUUGGAGAAGGAGAUGCUCGUCCUUCAACACCGCAAAGGCAAGCUUCAAAUGCCAGCAAGAGCUAUACCACCACCAACAGCAGCAACAGCAACAGUGCCACCCGGGCCAGCGGCAAGAACAGGUCUGCGUCCUGUUCAUUCUGCAUCUGGCUCCUGCAGUCACUCAUCCACAUCUUGCAGCUCGGGCAAAUCUGGAGAUAUUUCCACACCAUAUACUUAGGUAUCCGAAGCCGCCGGAGUGGGGAGAAUGACAGAUGGCGGUUCUACUGGAAGAUGGUGUAUGAGUAUGCAGAUGUGAGUAUGCUGCAUUUGCUAGCCACCUUUCUGGAGAGUGCCCCACAACUGGUCCUGCAGCUCUGCAUUGUCGUUCAGACUCAUACCUUACAGGCCCUCCAAGGUCUCACUGCUGCGGCCUCCCUUGUGUCCUUGGCUUGGGCCUUGGCCUCCUACCAGAAAGCCCUUCGGGACUCCCGUGAUGACAAGAAACCCAUCAGCUACAUGGCUGUCAUCAUCCAAUUUUGCUGGCAUUUCUUCACCAUCGCCGCCAGGGUCAUCACCUUUGCCCUCUUUGCCUCUGUUUUCCAGCUCUACUUUGGGAUCUUCAUUGUCCUUCACUGGUGCAUCAUGACCUUCUGGAUCGUCCACUGUGAGACGGAAUUCUGCAUCACAAAAUGGGAGGAGAUUGUCUUCGACAUGGUGGUUGGGAUCAUCUAUAUCUUUAGCUGGUUCAAUGUGAAGGAAGGCAGGACACGUUGCCGUCUCUUCAUUUACUAUUUUGUGAUUCUUUUGGAAAAUACUGCCUUGAGUGCCCUCUGGUACCUAUACAAGGCUCCCCAGAUUGCAGAUGCAUUUGCCAUACCAGCGCUGUGUGUGGUAUUCAGCAGCUUUUUAACAGGCAUUGUUUUUAUGCUGAUGUAUUAUGCCUUCUUUCACCCCAACGGACCCCGUUUUGGGCAGUCACCAAGCUGUGCUUGUGAGGACCCGAUAGCAGCCUUCACUCUUCCCCCAGAAGUGGCCACGAGCACUCUAAGGUCCAUUUCCAAUAACCGCAGCGUUGCCAGUGAUCGGGAUCAGAAGUUUGCAGAGCGGGAUGGGUGUGUGCCUGUAUUUCAGGUGAGGCCAACUGCUCCUUCCACCCCAUCCUCCCGACCACCAAGGAUUGAAGAGUCAGUCAUUAAAAUUGACCUGUUCAGGAAUAGAUACCCAGCCUGGGAGAGACACGUGUUGGACAGAAGCCUACGGAAGGCCAUAUUAGCUUUUGAAUGUUCCCCUGCUCCUCCGAGGCUACAGUACAAAGACGAUGCUCUUAUUCAGGAGCGGCUGGAGUACGAAACUACUUUAUAG